UUUCACCUCCUGAGCGAUAACAGAGAAUAUUCCCACAUUUCCCCCCUGUCUGGUUAAGAAAGAGCCAAUGGAGAGUGGAAGGGACUGAACACUAAAAGAAAACAAGAGAAAAUUCCAUUGGAAAGAUUAUGGGUUCCAGGCACACAUUAAAAGACUGCAGCUUCAAAGUGAAUUCAGAAUUUCGGGCUGCUGGACUGCAUAAACUUAAGGUAUGCAUUUAGAUUCUUCCUUUACAUGUAUACUCAAAUAAAUGUGAUGACAAAUCUAGAUUCUGAUACAGUGGUAUUUUCACAUGGAAAGCACCUUCCAUGACUCAGGUUAAUUACCCAAGUAUACAACACACAAUAUUGUGUAGGUGGGUUGUAUCCAACUAAGUUCUAUUCAGAAUCGGUUCAUUGAAAUUCCUGUUUCUUUCAGUGGGCCCACUGAGUAUCACUGACUUUGGCUACAACACUGUGUGAGUGUACAUGCAGAUGUAAUACUACCUAGGGUAUCAAAGCUGUUCUAUAUUGAAUUAAACAAAAUAGGUCAAGUUAAGCAAAAAGGAAAAUUGACAAAACACAAGGAUAUUUUUAAAAAUAAAAAAGAAUUUGUCUGACAAAGCCUGAGAAUCUUCUGGGAAGAGAUGCGAGACUUUUCCUGUUUAGAUGAAAGCCAAGGUUGCAGAAAAGUGACUUAAGUGUAUUAUGCAAAAAAGGACCAACAAUGCAAUCCUACUUGCAUUUACUGAGAAGUAAAUCCCACUGAGUUCAAUGGAACAUCCUCUUGGAUAAGUGUGUAUAGGACUACAGCUUAAACUGUAUGCAUUUUUAGCUAACAUACACAUUUCUACAAAGCAUAUUUCCCCAAUACAAUGCCUUUUUGUAGUGUGUGUGUGUGUGUGUGUGUGUGUGUGUGUGUGUGUGUGUGUUAGUUCAAUCCAUUCUGAAAUACGUGAACUUCCGCAUCAACAGUAACUGUCAUAGUUCUAUUUGUUUUCCAUACACACCAUGUUUCAUUCCUUCUGAGUCUCAACCUCAGAGAAUAGCAUCAGUCAGGAAUCUAAAAGAAAUAAAUUAUGCAAUGAGUAAAAUGUUAUCCAGCUCUUUCAAAUUCCAAAGUCUGCAUUUGCUCCACAGGCACUUUGUUGUUGUUGUUGUUGUUGUUUUGAAACUACAGGUGUGUCCCCAAAGAUCUCUGCAGGGCUUUUAAAACUGUAAAACUUUAAGCCCUUUGGAGGAAUUGAAAUUAAAACUAAUUUUGGUAAAAAUCAAAAACAAAACAGAAACCUGUUGUAUAUGACAUUUCUUACUGGGUUUCUUUUAAAUGGCUCUGACAGAAAUUAAAUUCCAUGUUUCCUAUUCAGCUUUGGAAGUUUUAAAGAGUAGUGUUGUCAUUUUCAAACUGGGGCUUCUGUGGGAACAGGAAACUAUUUACUAUGAGUUGCGUAAAUUAAAUGUGCUCAUUUGGGAUUGCAAUAAAAGAUGAGUUGAGCAAAAAGUGACUCAUAUCCAUUGCAUGAAAGGACUGGUUAACAUCAGUGUUCAUUUUGGGAUGGUCCACCAUGUGCAUGGUGAGAAAAAACGCACUUAGGUCAAUACUACACCUGCCAUGGGAUGUCUAAUGUUUCUCAGAAAGAUGGUUGCAAAUUCACCAGUGAUCCAAGUGAGCGGUGAUCAUAUUCAUUCUCACAGGACCCCUGGAAAAGACCACCUGAAACAAUCAAGAUAACAGGAAGGGUAUAGUGCAAUCACAUACAUAGUUGUGAUUGCACUAUUGUGAUUAUACAUAACAUAAUUGUUAUAUAAUCAGUGCAACAGUGCACCCCAACUCUUGACAAAAAAGAAAAAGGUAGACUGACCACAAAAAUUGCAUUUCUCUUGGCCAGAAGGAUGACUUCCUAUUGCAAACCACCUUUACCCUGAUGCAACUCUGCAUGGGGCAGGAUUUUCAAACCAUUGCAGUAAUGAGGGUGAGGGAAUCAUAGAAUUGUGGAGUUGGAAGGGAUCCUCAGGGACAUCUAGUCCAACCCCCUGCAAUGCAGGAAUCCUUCCCUCAGCUGUCCCUGGGUGGACUCAAACCACCAAAUGUCCGGUUAAUAGGCAGACACACUGACCCAUUGUGUUGUUGUAAUUUUGCAUUCCACGUGACCUGUGUCAGUUGGUGUCAGUUACCCUGUCUGAGGUAAAUCUGUCUGUGUGCUUCUGGUAACUUCUAUGGAGAAGUUAGUUCUCUUUCUUUUGCUUUAGGACAUGAAGAGAUUGUAUGUGUUCAUCUUUUGUCCAGCUGUUUGUUAAAUAAAUGUUUGAUAAAUUUUUCAUGCCAGCCUCUGUAGUGCCACUUCUGCUGUGAUAAGAAAUCUGAAGGUGAGCCUAGCUUACUGAAGACUAGGCCCUUGAUUUUUGCUACUCCUGGGAAAGGAACUCAACUGGCAGUUAUCGUCCGGUGGUGAAAGAGCUAACUGGGAGGGCAAGUCAGUUGCUCUGGUCUCCCUGGAAAUAUCAUAACAUGUGCCACCCUCUAAGAAGAGGGUGAAAGGUUGUUUUCUGCUGCUCCAGAGAAGCGGAUACGGAGCAAUGGAUUCAAGCUACAAGAAAGAAGAUUCCACCUAAACAUUAGGAAGAACUUCCUGACAGUAAGAGCUGUUCGGCAGUGGAACUUGCUGCCAAGGAGUGUGGUGGACUCUCCUUCUUUGGAGGUCUUUAAGCAGAGGCUUGACAGCCAUCUGUCAGGAAUGCUUUGAUGGUGUUUCCUGCUUGGCAGGGGGUUGGACUGGAUGGCCCUUGUGGUCUCUUCCAACUCUAUGAUUCUAAGAAGACAAAAGCUUGUUGUCCAUGCUUACUCCUGGUCUGCUGCUCUGAAAUAAUGUAUCUAUCGGUAACAGGGCUACAUGUCUGUAUUUUGGUUGUAGGAACCAUGGGGUGGAGUCCUGUGUGCAACAGCACCCAUUUGUAUUUAGAAUUCUUCAUACACCCUUGUUCCCUGGCUGGUAGACUGGCCAUGUAAGAUUUAUCGAAAAGAAAAGAAAAAGGAGGAAUAAAUGCAUUAUUAGAAGAGAGGAGAAGAGGUUUGUAUUAGUGUGUGCUAAUUUAUAUGUCUGGGAAGAUGCAAAUUAAGAAAUAAUUCCUACAAUUUAAACAGAAACGUGUCUCACUAUAGUAUUGAAGACAAAGAACAGGUGACCCACAUGGCUUCGGUGGUGUCCAAAACUGACUGCUGGAUAAUUUCAAGUCAUCGUCUGUUUCUUCAUAUCUUUAAAACUGGAUUGGGCUGGACAGAACUUUGGCUAGAGGACUGCUUGAAACAGAGGCUUCUCCCCUGAUAACCUCACUCGCAGGGCAGGGCACUUUAAAUUCAAACAUACAUUUAAUAUUGAGCUCAAUGGCAUUUACUGCUGGGUAGACAUGCUUUAGCUCAGGCAUCCCCAAACUGUGGCCCUCCAGAUGUUUUGGCCUCCCAUGAUCCCUAGCUAACAGGACCAGUGGUUGGGGAAGAUGGGAAUUGUAGUCCAAAACAUCUGGAGGGCCAAAGUUUGGGGAUGCCUGCUUUAGCGUCAACUAGUCACUGUGAAGUUGAAGAUGUAUAACUAUAGUCUCAGAUGACAUGCCUUUACAGCCAUGGAAACCAAGUGUGAUAUCUCAAGAGUAAUAAACAGACUCUAAAGUUGCAAUAAUAAACUCACAUAAAGGUAAAGGUAAAGGUAAAGGUAAAGGUACCCCUGACCAUUAGGUCUAGUCGCGGACGACUCUGGGGUUGCGGCGCUCAUCUCACUUUAUUGGCCGAGGGAGCCGGCGUACAGCUUCCAGGUCAUGUGGCCAACAUGACUAAGCCGCUUCUGGCGAACCAGAGCAGCACACGGAAAUGCCGUUUACCUUCCUGCCGGAAUGGUACCUAUUUAUCUACUUGCACUUUGACUUGCUUUCGAACUGCUAGGUUGGCAGGAGCAGGGAAUAAAUCCCACUGAAGUCAAUGGGGCUUACUUCUAAGUAGACAUGCAGAAUAUUGUACCAUUAACCUUUGCAACAGGACUCUAACGUUACAAUUCUGCAUUUGUUUAUUGAGAGGUAAGCACCAUCAUGUUUGAUGUGACUUACUCUCAAAUAAGUGGGCAUAGGAGUUCAGCCUUAAUAUUAUAUUUCAUUCUUUCCCAGUUGGCUUAGUAGGUCCAAGUCUAUAUUUACAAAAUUAUUUCAAGGAAUUAAUGAUCAAAUGUUCUAUGAAAAUGCCAGGGUUCUCCAGGGGUCCUUUAGGCAGACUCUUAUCUAGAUGUAUGUAGUUAUUAGUCUAGCAAUUAGCUACUGUCAGACAAAAGAAGCUUUGUAUAUAAUUUGAAUUUUUCCAGCUCUCACCUACAAUCACAGUUUUUUGUGCUAGCAUUCUUUGAUAUCUAUUAAGGCCAUCCCUGUCUAAGGAUCUAAUUUCAUUCUUGUACAAGCAUGAGCUUUUAUUUGUCACUCCAGCAAGGGCUGGGCUGCCUCAGGUUAUAUUACCUGCUUGUGUCUGCAGAAGGCAGGCUUACCAAACUGGAAAAUCCAGCCUUUAUUUGCGCAACUCUCGAACGAGAAUUUGCAUUUCCCGAACGCCGAUAAAACUGGGACUUCUCAACUUUUACGUACUGAUUUUUCCAAGAGCUCACUUGAAAUCUAUUUUUUGUUUUUGUUUUGAAGCAUUCCAGUCUAUCGUCCUGUUUCAGGGGCACAGGAUAUGGAACAUGGGAAAAAUAGAAACUUUUCAGUUUUGGCGUGUUAUCAUCAGAAACAUACCCAGGGCUGAAAAUGAAGCGGAAGUUAGUUUUUCCUGCUCACGUGUCCUGUGUUGAAAAGUUCUUCACUGGGAAUUGGAAGCAAUGAAUGGCCAUGAGACCAUUGAUUUAACAACAUUAAGUAAUGAAGAACGGGAACAUGAGCCUCUUAACCCUGAAGCCCAUAAUGAGACAUCAGCCUACUUCAAGCCAUGUUCUAAAACUGUUUUUUGGAAAUGCAAGCUGUGGAUGAUUUUAACUUCUGCUUUUCUGGUGUUGACUCUUGUGACUAUUCUAAGUUUAGUUUUCUAUUCAGCGGUUUACAUAGAUGAAGAUGACUACUGGGACCCUGAAUCAAUAGCAAAGAGCAGUCUUCAUAAUUUCACAGGGAUAUUAAAAAUUCGCUGUACUAAUUCUGACCUGCAGCUCUCGGAAUCUGCACUUAAGUUGAUUUCUGAAAAUCUUACUAAGAGGGUGUAUACAGUCAUUCACCUGCACUUGGACAGUAUUUCAUCACGGCUGAAGUUGUUUCCUUCAGUAAAGAAAACAACUCAGCAUCCUACAUUUUAUGGUUCACAUUGCCGCCUAAGACUGAAGAGUUUAUGAAGUCUAGAAUGAGUGAAGGGAUUGUGAUGAAUAUUUUAAGGCAAAAUAUUUAUGAAAAGGAAGAAAUAGGUGGGCUGAAUGUACCUGAUUGCACAAGCGUGACACUUGAUCCAACUUCCCUUGCAGUAAC